UUUAAAUCCUGAAUGGCGGAAGGAGCCGGAAAAGUUGGAGUCAGAGCACUGCACUGCAUCCCUAUGGCACAGUUUCUGUUUGAGAGUGAUUUGCACGGGCUGUUGAAACUUGAUGCCCCAAUACCAAAUGUCCCUCCUGCACGAUGGCAGCGUAAGGCUAAGGAUGGUGCUGCUUCCAGCACUGGAACUGCCUCAGAUGCCGCAGCUCCUUCACCUAUGAAACCAGCUAACAGGCCUCAUAGUACCAGCAAGACGCCUUCCAAAACACCAGGCAAGUCUGGUUCCAAAUCACAAAAUACUCCAAACAAAACUGGAGGCGAUAGAUACAUCCCCAAUCGUAGUGCUAUGCAAAUGGAUGUGGCCAAUUUUCUCUUAACCAAAGAGGAAUCAUCUGAGGAGACACCCACCAAGAAGGAGCAUCAGAAAGCCUGGGCAAUGAAUCUUAAUGGUUUUGAUGUUGAAGAGGCAAAAAUCCUGCGACUAAGUGGAAAACCUCAGAAUGCCCCUGAAGGAUACCAGAACAAUCUCAAAGUGCUUUAUAGCCAGAAGAGCACACCAGGUUCCACAAGGAAGAUAAAUAGAUACAUAGCCUCUGUGUCAGAGCGGAUUCUAGAUGCCCCAGAUAUUCGAAAUGAUUACUAUCUGAACUUAGUUGAUUGGAGCUCCCUCAACUUUUUGGCCGUGGCUCUGGAUAAAUCAGUUUAUCUAUGGAAUUAUGAUUCCAGAGAAAUAAUCCAGCUCAUGCAAAUGGAAAACCCUGAUGACUACAUCUCUUCUGUUUCAUGGAUCAGAGAAGGAAAUUACCUUGCAAUUGGCACAAGUAAUGCUGAGGUCCAGUUAUGGGACAUCCAGCAGAAAAAGCGUCUACGAAACAUGGUCAGUCAUUCAUCCCGUGUGAGUUCUUUAAGUUGGAAUAGCUACAUCCUGUCCAGUGGAUCACGGACUGGUCACAUACAUCAUCAUGAUGUCCGUGUGGCAGAACACCAUGUGGCAACACUUGCUGGUCAUACACAAGAAGUAUGUGGGCUAAAAUGGGCACCUGAUGGCCGUUACUUGGCCAGUGGAGGCAAUGAUAAUCUUGUAAACAUAUGGUCAAUUGCUCAAGGGGACAACUGGUCACUACCUCCUGUGCAGACUUUUACACAACAUCAGGGAGCUGUUAAGGCUGUGGCUUGGAGUCCAUGGCAAUCCAAUGUGCUGGCUACAGGAGGUGGAACAAGUGAUCGCCACAUAAGGAUCUGGAAUGUGUGCUCUGGGAGUUGCCUCAACACAGUAGAUGCACAGUCCCAGGUCUGUGCCGUGCUAUGGUCUACAAACUACAAAGAACUUGUGUCUGGUCAUGGCUUUGCUCAAAAUCAACUGGUAGUGUGGAAAUACCCAUCUAUGUCAAAGGUCACGGAGUUGAAAGGUCACACUGCUAGGGUGCUAAGCUUAACUAUGAGCCCAGAUGGAAGCACAGUUGCUUCAGCAGCAGCAGAUGAAACACUGAGGCUUUGGCGCUGCUUUGAGUUGGACCCAGCACGUAAGAAGGAGAAAGAGAGCAGUACUAAAACCAGCAUUAUCCAUCAAGGAAUUCGCUGAGUUUCAUCCAACUCCCUUCCAAUCUAUUGCUUUAUGUACAGAAUUUUAAACUAUUAAUAAAUAUUUCACUCUCCUUUAGAAAUAGUGUUGGUAUAUGGAUUGAUAUAUGAAUCACAAAUGGUGUGAAUUACUUUAAUUGGUAUUGGCUUGUAUAUUACUAGGACUUGGCUUGUAUAUUACUGUAAUAAAAAUAAACUAUUGAAUCUAUUGAACGAAAAUAAAGACCAGAUUCUCCUCCUGAUCCAACCGAUAAUAUAUUGUUCCUUCUCAAAAUCCCCAUGACAGCUUUAUCACUAGGCAAAUUGUCUUAUGUUUGGUCUUUUCUUUGCUUUCGAGGAACAAUUUAGUUGUGGGACGGAUUAGGUUCCUGAACUAUUAGUUUGGGAUUUGAAGUAUGUUUUCAAGUCAUAACUGAAGCUGGUGCCUCUAUGCACCAGAUGCAGAACCCACAUACCAUGUAGGAUGAUUGUGACAGUUUAUCAACCUCAAGAUGCAACAUCCUGUUAUGGAGAAACACUGUUUUAUUGGGAAAUACAUAACUAAGAAUUUUGUCUUGCCAACUAUUGUUCCCUUACCAAACAGAUAUUGGAAAUUCGCUUAGCUGAACUCGAUAAUUUUACUGAACUAUGUGGGCUGAUAUUUAAGAUUGCUCUUCCAAAACUAUUUUCUUUGAAUUCAGCCUCAGCAGUUAUGGAAUAGUUUAUCCUGAGAGUUAAUCAUUCCACUCCUUUGUUAUUUCUUGCACUUCUUUUAUACUCAAGGCAUUCUAAUAUUCCAAACGCUGGUGGACAAGUCUAGCCUUUCUGUGGUUUUGGUAUCUUUUUGCCUCAAUCAAAUCAACUGUAACCCAAAAAUUCCUACAAAUGAUUUUACUGCCUUCUGAUUGAAUGGAAGCUGUGAAAAUCCAAGCCUAAUCAAGACCAAUAUUAGCCUCAGCUCAUCUUUGCCAAGUACACUAGAAUUUUUCCAAGAUUCUUGGGUCCUUUGCAAAAACAUGAAAAUCAUCUGUUAUUAAGUAAUCAAAAUGACAGUAGAAAUUAUUAGACAAUUGCCAUUUUGGCAGAUAAAAUCUGUAGUGUAACUAUUUUGACAAUUGGUUGGGAGUCGGGC